UUUCAGAUAUCAAAUAUGAGCUCCAAAACUCAUAAUAUCUUUCUUAGUCAGGAUGUAACCUGAUGAUGUAAAGACAUCUAUCUUGAUGUAAUGAUCGGAAGAGGAUCGUAAACUUUGAAACAGUCAACACUAUUAUAUAACGAACAAUUUUAGUAGAGUAAUUUAACUGACGGCUGCAUGACAAUGAGCAGAUUGGGAUUGCAAGUACUUCGUAAUGGUGGUUUGGUUCGAAUGACUCGACAGUUGGGCGCAUUAUCUUCGACACAAAACAGUGGUAACCACCAGUCCCGGAACACUGAUCCUAACACCUAUUUGAAGCUUGGUUUACUUGGUGGUUUGGGGCUAGCUGUCACCGCUAAGUGCAAGGAAAAAGCUAUCGAAGAAACAAGCGAAAGCAUCGAGCCAGCCGACGGUGAGGUAGAUGAAGAAAAGCCGAAAAAGAAAAAGAAGAAAGGUUUUCAGGAGAGAAAAGUGAUGGAGUACGAGAACAGAAUCAGAGAGUUCUCAACACCAGACAAGAUUUUCCGCUACUUCGCAACUGUCCGGGUCGACUUUGAGAAUGUUAAAAAGGAGAUAUUUAUGACUCCUAAAGAUUUCAUGAGAUCCAUAACACCCGGGGAGCUGCAACCGUCCCACCUCGGACUGGACAUGUACCGAGACAUACCCGCUACUAAGUCUAUACAGCAUAUUGACGGUAACGUUGACGGAGAACAGACCUUCCUCUCCAAACUGGCCCAACACGGUCUCAUCAGCUUCCAAGACUACAUCUUCCUCCUCACCCUCCUCUCCACUCCCAAACAUGACUGUGAGAUUGCAUUCAAAAUGUUUGAUUUGUACGGUGACGGGUGUGUUAGUUACCAGGAGUUCCUGGAUACCCGCUCGGUGCUUGAGUCCAGGAGCUCUAUGGGGAAGAGGCACAAAGACAACGUGUACAGUGGGAAUACUAUCAACAAAGACGGGCACAGUGCGCUCACUAACUACUUCUUUGGGAAGGACACCAACAAAAAGCUCACUCUUGACGACUUUGUUGUUUUCAUGGACGGAAUGAAGGAGGAUGUAUUCAGAAUGGAGUUCAACAAGUACGAUCCAGUGGACGGUAAGAUAACUGAGCAAGAUUUCGCUCACCUGCUCCUGUUACACGCUACACUGAGCAACCAGGCAAAGUCCAAGUUUGUCAGGCGGGUUAAAAAGUUUUACAAGAAUGAAGAAGAAAGCCAAGGCAUUACAUUUGAGCAAUUCAUGACCUUCAACCACUUUCUAGAUCAUCUGGAUGACGUUGAAAUUCUUGUGUCAGUAUAUUUCUCAGCCGGAAUGAAGUUUAACAAAGCCUCUCUAAAACAAGUUGCCCACGUGGUAGCCGAUGUGGAACUGGACCCUCACAUUGUUGACGUGGUAUUCACAAUAUUUGACGACAACGGGGAUGAGCUGCUGAGUAACAGAGAGUUUAUAAGCGUACUCAAAGAGAGAGCUCACCGAGGUCUGGAGAAACCGUCUGAUACUGGUUUUGUGCGCCUGAUUACAGCGCUGGGAGCCUGCGUGGCAAGUUAUGUAAGGGGAGAAGAAACUUAGAGACAAUUGGGACUAUUGGGCGAAAAAACUGUCAUUAUAUCUGCAGUAUCCCACUAUAUUUUUACUACUCUUUUGGUAUACUAUUUGAUCCUGAAGAUUUUAGGGGAAGUUCUGUUUAACUAUAGGGAUAACUUUUUGUGGGCAUAUUCAUGUUCAGGGUAUUAGGGGUAUAAGGGGAAUACUGAAUAUUGUUCACAUACAACUUAUAAAUAAGUUUCGCUAUUAGAUAUGAACAGUAAUUAUAGUUUUUCAAAAUCAUUUCUUUCUUUGUGUAAGAAAAAAACUGAAAAGGGACGAUCCAUUCCACCCAAUAUUUGGGUUUUUCUUUGUUUAAAUCAUUUCGUUUCACCUCACCAUUUUGAACUGAAAUAUGAUUCUUUUGUUCCGCAUAUUUUUAAGUUGUAAUUGUUUUAAUUGAAAAUUUCGUGUUAAAUUAUAUAUUUAUGAAGUUGGUUCAUUUGUGAACUUUUAGAAAAUUAGAUUUAUUGGAAGUAAACUUUAAGAAUUUGUACCGAGAUUUAUAUGACUAUUUUUUGACAAUAUGUAAAUGUAUACUUGAGGAAUUUAUAGUA